AUGGAAGCCACAGGUGAAAGGCACAAGGUGAAGUGGUUUAACGGUGGAAUGGUCCAGAGAAUGGAGGACAGGCUCCGCGAUAUUCUCGAAAGAGACUCGAAUAACUUGUUAAGGCUAUUAAAGAGCGAGGAUGAGGAAUUGGAGCUGAAGUUCGGGCUGGAUACCGGAGCGUACGACCUUCAUCGGAUGAUAGAUGAAGAUGCCGGCAUGAAGAUGCGGGUCGAAGAGAUCAUCAAAAGGUUUUACAUUGAUGCGGUACCUGGUAUUUCCAAUAGGGAGGCACAGCGUGAGAAGGAAGUGACUGGGCAAAAGAACACGGAAAAGCUUGAAGAAGACGUAGACGACGUUUACGACGCCGAGGAGCACAGAGGAAAAUCAGACGCUAUACGUCAAGAGACCUGCGAAGAAGAGGUAAUACCUCCGGAGAACUUUAGUCACGUAGUGGGCGAGAUAUACCGGUCGAGUUUUCCACGACCGGAGAACUUUUCGUUUCUGCAGCAGCGCAUAAAGCUGAAGUCGAUCAUGGUGCUGAUCCCAGAGGAAUACCCACAGGAGAACCUGGAAUUUAUGGCGCGGGCCGGCAUAAAGCUGUUUCAAUUCGGCAUGAGCGGGAACAAGGAGCCCUUUGUGAAUAUACCCUCGGACCUGCUCACCAGCGCACUGGAAGUGGCCAUUAACCCAGAAAACCACCCUGUGCUCAUACACUGCAAUCGGGGUAAACACCGUACGGGUUGCCUGGUCGGGUGCAUCCGCAGGCUGCAAAACUGGUCCCUGACCAUGAUCUUCGACGAGUACCGGCGGUUCGCGUUCCCCAAGGCGCGCGCGCUGGACCAGCAGUUUAUCGAGAUGUAUGACGAGGACAAGAUAAAGAGGAUUGCACAAGAAAAGCAGUGGCUGCCGAUCCAGUGGUGA